AUGGACAGGAAACCUCAAGCUCGUGAAAUUCUAGAUGUGUUGGAGAAGCGACUGCUGAAGACGCCCUUCGACAAACGAGAUCCGUCGACGUUUCGAGCGCUCGUGCAGAUGUCCUCUGCAGCGCGCGAUAGUGUGGGUAUGGGGCUCUACUUCGACUUGACGCUCAGAGUCGAGACGACGAACGAACAGUUCGAUGGUCUCAAAGCAGCGGUGGAGGGCAUUCUGGAACUGAGUGACGUGGUAUGUCUUGACGGAAAAGGCAGACGAGUUCUGUACGGUGGCGCCAACAAACUGGAGGUGAAGAAAGUUCGUGAGGGUGUGAUGGGGGUCGCAGAAGGUGUUGGAGUCCAGUUGGAUGAUCUAGGCUCGAAGGCUUCCACAAGCACCGUGCACGUUGGUGAAUUCGAGAUUUCGGUGCGUGGAGCCUUUCGCGAUGCCGUAGCGGCAUGA